UCUGAGCUCCUAAAGUCCCUGUGUCUGUCUUUCAGAUCCCUAUGUAAAGAUUCACCUGAUGCAGAACGGCAAGAGACUGAAGAAGAAAAAGACGACCAUUAAGAAGAACACGCUUAACCCCUACUACAACGAGUCCUUCAGCUUUGAAGUUCCAUUUGAGCAAAUCCAGAAAGUGCAAGUGGUGGUAACUGUUUUGGACUAUGACAAGAUUGGCAAGAACGACGCCAUCGGCAAAGUCUUUGUGGGCUACAACAGCACUGGGGCAGAGCUGCGACACUGGUCAGACAUGCUGGCCAACCCCCGGCGACCCAUCGCCCAGUGGCACACUCUGCAGGUGGAGGAGGAGGUUGAUGCCAUGCUGGCUGUCAAGAAGUAAAGGGGAAAAGAAGCCUUUCUGGUCUGCCCACAUAGUGCUCUUUAGCCAGUAUCUGUAAAUACCUCAGUAAUAUGGGUCCUUUCAGUUUCCAGCCAUGCAUUCCUGAUACAAUCCAGUGGUACUUCAGAUUCUGUUUUAAUUUGCACAAAUUUAAGUGUAGAAAGCCCCUAUGCCCUUCAUCAUACCACUGCCCUCCAAAUCUACUCUUCUUUUAAGCAAUAUGAUGUGUAGAUAGAGCAUGACUGAAAUUAUGUAUUGUAUCACACCGUUGUAUAUACCAGUAUGCUAAAGAUUUAUUUCUAGUUUGUGUAUUUGUAUGUUGUAAGCGUUUCCUAAUCUGUGUAUAUCUAGAUGUUUUUAAUAAGAUGUUCUAUUUUAAACUAUGUAAAUUGACUGAGAUAUAGGAGAACUGAUAAUAUAUUAUAUGGUAAAUCUAGUAUCGUCUGCAUUCCAGCAACAAUAUCAAUUUGAAAGGCACUAGUUCAGCCACACCAACAUCUUAAAGGACAACUUAAACCUGAGCUUUCUAUUGAAUCCUUUGAGUACCAAGAUUCGCUCAUGUGACAUCUUUGAUGGGUGAACCCAAUUUUGUAGAAUUCUUUCACAGGCAAAUAGCAUGUUCUGAGCAGCAUCCAUGCUGACCUCAAGGGAGCAAAGCCACAAACCAGAAUAGCAUCUGUCUGUCUGUCUGUCUGUCUGUCUCUGCAAAACUAAAACCACGGCUUCACUCUUCCAGUGGAGGAAGCAAUGAACAGGAAGGAACCAGUGAGUUCCUGCGACUGCAUCUAGCAUAGCAUCACCGUGGUGUUCUGUGUGUGUGCGUGUGCAAGUGUGAAAGUGUAUGCACGAGUCUUACGUGUGGUGCAUGCCUUUGUUCGGGGUUAGGGUGGGAGAGGAGAAGCUGAGAGAAGUCAGCGUUUCUGAAAUGUUGCCUGACUAUUUAAACAGAAACUAAUAGCUCUCCAUUAUCACAUUUAUAUAAAACGUGCAACCGGGGAAUUCUGAUCCAGAUUUCACCCCAAUAUUGAUUCCAAAAGGUAUGCACGGGAGACUUUGUAACAAAAUAUUUUAUUAUACAAAACCAGAUUAGAAGGAAUGCAGAAUAUUUUUAACACAGCAAUCUGCGCUUAUUCCACAAAAUUACUUUGUGGUAAACAGACAGUAUUGUAAUCCCAUGAAAAGAUGAAAUAUAACAAUUAGCCAUAGUUCUGAAUGCACUUCGAUUAAGCCAAAACAGACAGCUAGUGAUCUUUUUAUAUGCUCUUUUUACUUAAGUUUUAAUUUGUCCUUUAAACAAAGGUGAAAUAAACAAAAAAAAAAAAAAAAAAAAAACAAAG